UCAAGAAAUGUUUGCGUCACGCGAUCAUUCUAGUGGGAUAAUUUAACUUGGAUGAAAGAAAAAAAUCGUGUGAUAGUGUAACUGUGUUAGUGGCUUUGAGAUCAAUAAUGGUCCAACACAGCAUCCCACCAGUAUAUGGCAGAGGGUGGAAAUAUAAAGUUGGGUAGAGUGCAAGAGAGAAAAACAGGGGUGUGGGAAAUUGUGAAGCCCUUCUGCUAAUACUAGAGGGAAGCCAGUACAAUUCUUCAUGUGACAAGGCAGUAGAUAACGACCAAUGUCUGUGAAAUGUGAAAUUUUUGACGAAACGGGAUGCGUGGACUUUUACGUGGAAUUAUCUACUGCAGUUUGUGGUAUGGGAGUAUUGUGGCGGGAUUUUUAUUCAUCGCUUGCCCCUUAUUACCAUUAUUGUUAAUAAGUCCCCCAAAAUUUCGACGAUAUGGAGAUCUUUUAUUUUCAUGCUGGGAACUUUAUCCCGCGGCUCUUAUGGAAUUAUUAGGGAUGAAAAUUAUUGUUUCCGGUGAUCAUAUUUCUCCUGAUGAUUCGGCAAUACUUGUAAUGAAUCAUCGAACAAGAGUGGAUUGGAAUUUUUUAUGGGGCGCCAUGUAUCAAGCAUGUUUGCCCAAUGUUGCUGCUCAUAAACUUAAAUUUAUUUUAAAGGAUCCCAUUCGUCAUAUUCCUGGACCAGGUUGGAUAAUGCAGAUGAACAGCUUCUUGUACAUAACUCGCCGCUGGGAAGAAGAUCAAGGUCGUCUAUCACGUUCCCUUGAUUAUUUAAUAGAUCUUCGUCGUCGCACACAAUUUCUUAUAUUUCCCGAGGGUACAGAUUUGACACAAAGUAGUCAAGAAAAAUCCAAUAAAUAUGCCGUCGAGCAUGGACUUCCUAAUUAUAAUUACACACUCCAUCCAAAAACAACUGGUUUCACAUAUUUAGCACGUCAUCUACAGGAAUCCAACUACCUCGACUCAGUAUACGAUUUAACAAUAGGCUAUCCGGACAAUAUUCCACAAUCGGAAAUUGAUUUGAUAACUGGAAAAAUGCCCAAUGAAGUGCAUGUAUUAGUGAAAAGAAUAGACGCUGUUGAUUUGCCAAAGAAUGAAACAAAUUUACGUCGUUGGCUUGAGGAAAGAUGGUGUCACAAGGAACAAAUUCUUAAACAAUUUGCUGAGAAAAAAUCAUUUUCCGAUGUCCCAUGGCCGAAACCAAGUCAAUUACCACUCAGGAUUGCUCUUGUUUUUUGGACACUUCUCACUGGGUCCGCAAUGAUAUUAAUACUGACCUCAUCGUUUUUUCAAUUUUGGACAAUUCUCCACGUAUUGUUUUUCAUUUGCCUAUCCCUCUUCAGCUCAGGAUUUAGUCAACUCGAGAUGGGAUGGUAUUGGCAUUGGAAAUCGCAAUUUUCUAAAAAAAAUAUUUGAGAAAAUUGAGACUAAACUUAGAUAGAGAUUAGAAUAAUUAUAUAACUAAUUGCAACAAUGUGUUCCUCUUACCUUUAUAAAUAAGUUCUUACAAAUAUUUUCAUGUUGGUCACAUCCUUUUUUUUUUUUUUACAUAAUUUCAAACUACAAUGGAAUUUUAUUAUCAAAGCAUUUUUUCUUCACAAUUUUUUUGUUUUGGUAAAUUUUCUUGAAAAAAUAUUUCAGAAUUUAUUUACAAUUUUUAAAUUAUUUUUAAACAUAAAGUUUAAAGUGAAUUGCAAAACAAAAAUACUUCAAUCUAUUUUUUUAUUUCAUUGUUGAAAUUAAAAAUUAACUUAUUAUUAUAUUAUUAUUAUUAUUAUUAUUAUUAUUAUUAUAGAACAAUCAUUUCUGCUGUAAUUAUUAUUUUUCUUUUAAAAAAUAUAUUUUUAUAAACAUUGUUUAAGUUUGAGAUUAUGUAACACAGUUACCAACAAACUUAGUACAAAUUCAUCUUCAAAUGUUUCACUUUCCCUUGAGGCUGAAAUACCUACUUAUAUAUUAAAUAUAUUCUCAAAACCUGAUUUUUGUGAAUAUUGCAAUAUUUUCCAAGACUUUCUUCAACUUAGAGAUUUGAACCGGAAUUGAUUAAUUCAUAAUUAAUUUUCUAACGAAAAAUGUAAUUCGUGUAAUUUUUCAGCUUUUGCUGUCAUUAUAUUUUAUGCUUUCGUACCUCUAUUCAAUGUGGGCGAAUGAUAUUGUUAAGUAGAAAAGUCUAAUUAAAAAAACAUAUUUAUCGUUGUCAAACAGGGAGGCAAUUAAAAAUAACUAAUUAAUUAUUAGUUCAAAAUAUUUAUUUUUAAUUAAAAAUGUUGCUUCCCUGUGAAAAAAAAUUGUAAUUACAUAUUGUAGAAAUGAGGGAAAAUCAUUUUUUUCCCCGGGAAUAAUUAUAAUAAUAAUAAUUAAAUCUUGUAUCGAGAACGUUCGACCUGAAACUAAAAGUCAAUGAAGAAAAUGAAAAAAAAAUUAUUUUCUAAAUUGUCAUUUAGUUUAUAAAGUCGAAAUUCUUAACAAAGAAUCACAAGAAACUGUGAAUUCACGUGCCAAACUAUUAUGAAAAUAGAAAAACCUGAUUGUUUUUCUCAAAAAAUUCAAUCAGAAUUUUAGUAAGUAAUAUUGAAUUAUUCUUCAAUCAAAGAAAGUUCAAUUGUCAACUUGUAUAUAAUAUUACGUGUAUAAAAAAAAAUCUUAGACUUAUUUAAAUCGAUAUAGAUGAAAUAUUCUUGUGCAUCGAAAAUACAAUUUUCGAGUAACUUUAACAUUUCCGACUAGAAUUUCAAUCAACUUUUGUGUUGGAUGUUUUAUAUUUUUUAAAAAUUCAAGUACGAAAUAUUUCAAAAUUAAAUAAGUUAAUUGAAAUUUAUUAAUUUCAAUUAACUGUAAUACAAUCUAAAUUCAAUUGAACGGGAAAUACCAAAAUUUUUCUCGUUUUCUUUUUUUUAUCAAAGAAUUAUUUUAGUUUAAAUGAAAUAAAUAUAUGUAUAUUUUUAUGUAAAUUUUACUCUCCAGUGUAAAUGUAAAAAAAAAAUAGAUCUUCUAUAGUUUUUCUAAGAGAUUUCCAAUUAAAAAUUAAGUUCUUUAAAAUUACAAAAAAAAUGGUUUUAUAUAAAAUCAAAAAUUUUUUUGGUUUUGAAUUUUAGAAAUUAAAAUAGUGUACAUUACAAAUAGAUACUAAUUUUAAUUUCUAAUAUUUGAAAAUCUCAAUUUAAGGCAAAAAAAAUCACAUUUUAAAAAAUUAUUGUACAAAUUGCAAUAUUUUAAUUAUUUUUAAAAAUACUGCAACUUUUUGAAUACAAUAAAAAAGAAACUAUCAUUACAAAAAGAAAAUGAAAAAUGUAUUUAAAACGUUUUCGGUGCCUUUGAAAAAUAAUUAAAAUUCUCCCCAAAAAACAAAUGUCUAAAAUCGAAUUAAUAUUAUAUUGAGGAAAAAAAAACACAACUUUAAAAAUUCAAUGAUACAAAAGAGCAAGUGAGCUCAAUAUUAAAUAAAUUUUUUGUAUUACAAAAAAAAAAAUACAAGUUACCUGUCUUAAAAAACAACAAAAUAUAUUUUCAGUAUAUUACUUUCUUGUAAGUAAAAAUGUAACUAAAAAUGUUAAUCAAUUAUUAUCGACUGUUAAAAUUCGACUGAAACCUUUCUAUAUAUGGUACAAAUUCGAAAAAAUCUACAGUUCAAUUUUUAGAAAUUGAAAAAAUAUAAAGUAGAUAAGAAAGAAAAGAAAUCUUCUUUAUUAAAAAAAAAUAAAAAUAAAAAACAGUAUUAAAAUGAAACAUCGAGUUUUUUUUUGUAAUCUAAUGAAAAUAAGCGAAAUCUAUUUAUUUGAAAUAUUAAAUUUGUAAAUCGACAAAUCUAUUAUUGGUCGCUUUUGAUAUAAAUUGAAGAAAUACAAGUGUAAGUUCAAGUAAGAUUUCUGUUAUUUCGGAAUAAGAAAACCAAUUGCAAUGAAACUGAGGAAUUUUAAUCCAAUUUUAAUCCAUAGAUUAAAAUUCCUUAGUUUCAUUGCAAUUGGUUUACUUACUCCGAAAUAACUGAAAUCUUACUUCAACUUCCACAUAAAGUAGAUAAAAAUAAAAAAAAAUCUUCUUGAUAAGAAAAAAAAAAGUAUUAAAAUAAAACAUCGAGUUUUUUUUUUGUAAUCUAAUGUUGAUAAGCGAAAUUUAUUUAUUUGAAAUAUUUACAAGUCGACAAAUCUAUUGGUCGCAUUUGAUAUGAAAAUGAAUAUAGUAAAAGAUCAUCAGGACUUAAUGCAUUAAAAUUAUAUAUGUGUAUGUGAAUAUAUCUGUAACCAGAUUCUGUACAAAUUAACUAGUCACAGAUAAAAAGGAUAAAAAAAAAAUAUAAUUGAUGUUCAAAUGA